AUGACGUACUGUUCGGUGAUCCAUUUGCGAGCAAACUGUAGUAUUGGUGAAUUUGACAAGCGUAGUGCGCGCCGACGAAAAAGCCUCGAAGCUUUUUUUUCUCUUGAAAAAAAGAUGCGGAUGACUACGCUGAGCCGCGCAGUUACAUUUGGUCUGCACGUUUUUGGCGUCUGGCCUUACGUACCGUCUACCAUAUUAUUUCGAUUCUACUGGACCGUGAUGCUCGGUAUGAUUCAAAUUUUUCAGUACUGGUACUUGAUAACGAACGUUCAUACGGAUGACUUUUCUCAAUUCAUGGACGGAGUGAGUUGCGUACUGGCGACUUCUUUGCUUUACAUCAAACUCGUUAUUUUGUGGUUCAAUCAACGAAUAUUUUUCGAUCUUUUGCAACUGAUGAUUACGGAUUGGCACACCUACAACUCCAAUCAUCAAAGUUUACUUAUGUUGACGAAUACGGCAAAUCUUGCACGCCGCGUUUCAAUGUGGAUCAUCGGCAUGCAAAUGGCUUCCGUAACUUUUUACGGUAUCGGUGUUCUCGCCGGUAACGUAAGUGAUCCUGCCAGGAUGGAACCGUACGCGCGAGAGCUUAUUCUCAAAAUGGCGUUUCCUUUCAACAUUAGUACGGAGCCUCUUUACUUGACGAUUCAGUCGAUUCAAUUUUAUCAUUUGUUAUUCAUAGGCUAUGGCAUGGCACUCGUAAAUUCAUUUCUAGUCACUUUGAUACUUCAUGUCAGUGGCCAAAUCGACAUUCUUUGUGAAUGGUUGACAAACGCUUUCUCCAGAAAAAUAACACAUUCAUCAGAAGAGAUUUUAAUGCGAUCGAUGAUCAGAAAGCAUCAACAGAUUAUUCUGUUUGCAGAAAAUGUUGACAAUCUUUACACCUAUAUUGCACUAAUGAUGCUUUUAUCAGACACGCUCAUCAUAUGUUGCUUAGGAUUUAUUAUCGUUACCUCUCUUAAUGCGCCCGAUGCUGCUACAAUUUUAGUCAAGUCUGGAUUAUUUUACAUCACGAUAAAUCUUGAAGCUUUUAUAUAUUGUUUCGCUGGCGAAUAUUUGAGCGCUAAGAGUAAGAUGAUCGGACAUGCAGCGUAUCAUUCUGUUUGGUAUAACUGUUCGAAUACGGAGAGUCGAAUUAUAUUGUUCAUUAUUUUAAGAUCACAGAAAACAUUGACGAUCACGAGCGGACGGAUGAUGGAUUUGUCGUUGGAACGUUUUACUAGUGUUGUAAAAGCAUCGGCGUCGUAUAUGUCGGUGCUCUUAAUGCGGAUGACCACGUUAAGCCGCGGAGUUACAUUGGGUCUGCACGUUUUCGGCGUCUGGCCUUACGUACCGUCUACCAUAUUGUUCCGCUUCUACUGGGUCGUGAUGCUCAGUAUAAUUCAGGUUUUCCAGUACUGGUACUUGAUAACGAACGUUCAUACGGACGACUUUUCCCAAUUCAUGGACGGAGUGAGUUGCGUACUAGCAUGUUCUCUGCUUUACAUCAAACUCAUUAUUUUGUGGGUUAAUCAACGAAUAUUUUUCGAUAUCUUACAAAUGAUGACCACGGAUUGGCGAGACUACAAUUCGAAUUACCAUAGUUCACGUGUGCUGACGAAUACGGCGAAUCUGGCACAUCGCACUUCGACGUGGAUCAUCGGCAUGCAAGUGGCUUCCGUAACUUUUUACAGUGCCGGUGUUCUCGCCGCUAACGUAGCUAAUCCCGAGAGGAUAGAACCGCACUCGCGAGAACUUAUUCUCAAAAUGGCGUUGCCUUUUAACAUUAGUACGGAAUCUCUUUACUUUACGAUUCAAUCGGUUCAAUUUUAUCAUUUGCUUGUGCUAGGCUAUGGCAUGACAAUCGUAAAUUCAUUUCUAGUCACUUUGAUACUUCAUGUCGGUGGCCAAAUCGACAUUCUUUGUGACUGGUUGACAAACGUUUUCUCCAGAAAUAUAACACAUUCGUCAAAAGAGAUUACAAUGAGAUCAAUUAUCAGAAAGCAUCAGCAGAUUAUUCUAUUUGCCAAAAAGAUUGAAAAUCUCUACAUGUAUAUAGCACUAACGAUGCUUUUAUCAGACACGCUCAUCAUAUGUUGCGUAGGAUUUAUUAUCGUUACCUCUCUUGAUGCGCCCGAUGCUGCUACAAUUUUAGUCAAGUCUGGAUUAUUUUAUAUCACGAUAAAUCUUGAAGCUUUUAUCUAUUGUUUUGCUGGCGAAUAUUUGAGAGCCAAGAGUAAGAUGAUUGGACAUGCAGCGUACGAUUCUGUUUGGUAUGACUGUCCGACAACGGAGAGUCGAAACAUAUUGUUUGUUAUCGUAAGAUCACAGAAAACAUUGACGAUCACGAGCGGACGGAUGAUGGAUUUGUCGUUGGAACGUUUUACUAGUGUUAUAAAAGCAUCGGCGUCAUACAUAUCGGUACUCUUAGCAAUGUACUGA